UUCACCAUCUGUGUCCUGUACUUCUUUCUUUUUAUCCAAAUGGUUAUAGGGGCUGACCCUCUUUACCAUUUGUGUUAUAAUGAUUCUGGUAAUUUUACGCGUUAUAGUCCAUAUGAUCAAAGUCUAAACAAACUCCUUGGUGACUUGUACUACAAAACCCCUUCAAACGGCUUUGGAAUGGGCUCAGUGGGUCAAUACCAAGCUCAAACCUUUGGUCUUUCUAUGUGUCGGGGUGACGUAUCAAGCAAAGACUGCAUGGAUUGCGUUGUUAAUGCCAGUGCUGAAAUUCGCAAGCGUUGUCCAAACAACAAGGCUGCGACUAUAUGGUACGACGAAUGUCAAUUGAAAUAUUCCAAUACUGACUUCUUUGGUCAAAUAGAUAAUCGGGUUAAGUUAUACAUGUGGAACUUAAACAAUGUUAGUGAUCCGACGUCAUUUAACUUGGCAACCAAGAACUUGUUGAGCAACUUGUCAGUCACGGCUUACACUGACCCAAAGUUAAUGUACGCUGCUGGUGAUACUGAACUAAAAGGUUCACAGAAGAUUUAUGGACUGGUUCAGUGCACUAGGGACCUGUCACCAGAUGAGUGCAAGAUUUGUUUGGAAUCUGCAAUCAGUGAACUUCCGAGCUGUUGUGAUGGGAAGCAAGGUGGGAGAGUUAUUAGUGGAAGUUGUAACAUUAGAUAUGAGAUAUAUCCAUUUACAAGUGUGUCGUAA